AUGUUACAGGAUGUCAGCGAUCUCCCCGACAUCGAUAAGAGCAUCGAAAAGCGGAAAACUGCGAAGACCAGCAGUGCCAGCAUCGCAUCUUUCGGCUCAUCUAUAGGCCGAAGAUUCAGCUUCAAAUCGUUCUCUAGUCGCAAACCAACGACCAAAGUCGAGAAGCCACGGAACGAAUUUGGCCUAAAUACUGUGUACGAACCGGACGAAACUUCGGCAGUCAUCGCAGACCUUGUUUUUGUGCAUGGUCUCGGCGGUGGUUCCAGCACAACAUGGUGUCUCAAGCAAGACGCCGAUUACUUUUGGCCAAAAGAGUGGUUACCUAAAGACCCAGACUUCAAAGGAGUCCGUAUCCACAGCUUUGGAUACAACGCGAAUUGGGCCACCUGGCUGAAGAGUCCGGUCGACAUCCAUGCUUUCGGUCAGUCUUUAGUCGAAGACCUGAGGAGCGAUCCAAAGAUCAAUAAUCUGGAUAGUCGCAUUAUCCUUGUAGGGCACAGCAUGGGUUACGCUGAAGAACGCAUCCAGUUGUUAAAUGCGAACCAUCGCGAUCUAGCCAAGUUCGAGACUACAUUGGACUCAAAUUACAGGUCUCUAAGAAACCGUCUGGCAUCAACAAUCGAUCAGAUAAGGCUCGAAAUGCAGAAGCAAACAACACCAUCGAAUUUCUCAAGUAUGGAGAUUGGUAUCAAAACUCCCGAUGCAUCGGUACUGCUAUCUUUACCAGAGCUGUAUCAAAGUAGGGCGAACGAGAUGGAGGAGAUCGCUAAGUACCUCUCCAUCGAUGCAUCAGACGACAAAAGGCUUUCAACCCUCAAUAACACAAGAAUGACUGGAUCAGGUUCCUGGCUCACUAACAGAACCAGUUUUCGGGAGUGGCGGUCGCCACCAGCACCUCGCUAUUUCUGGCUGAAGGGGACACCGGCGUCGGGGAAGUCAAUGCUCGCAAGUUAUGUUAUUGAGUUCUUACAAGACAGCCCCGUAUGUCACUACUUCUUCAACAAAGGUGAUAAGACCGACAACAACGUGAGCAGCUUUCUACGCUCCAUGGCGCUACAGAUGGCUCAGAUCAACCCUGUCGUUCGUAGCGCGAUUUUCCGGCUUUCACAGAAAGGUCCACCCAUCGAUGCUCGCAACCAGAGAACCAUCUGGAACACUGUUUUCACGAGCUGUGUGUUUCACGUUACAUUCCCUACCCCUCUACUGUCCAAGAUCGACGAAAACAUCCCACUGAAGAUCUUCGUCACCAGUCGACCAGAUCCCGCAUUGGAUGAUUUGUUCGUGCAGCUUCCUCUGGUGCAAGAAUACAUAUCGCCAGAGGAUUUGUUGCCCGAUAUCUCCUCGUACGUCCAGAAAUGGUCCGCCGCCUUCCCCGUUGAUACAACUCAAGAAAGAGAAAGAUUGGUUGACAAGAUUGUUCGCAUGUCUGGCGGUAGCUUCUUGUGGACCGUGCUAGUGACUAAACAGCUUCGGGAAGUUUUCACUGUCGGAGAAGUUCACGAGGUUCUAUGCGAGAUUCCUCAAGAAAUGGAUGACCUAUACACGCACAACAUCCGGAAAAUGGAGUCCCUGAGGUCAAAGAGCGCAGCAAAGCAUACAAUUACAUGGGCCAUCUGCGCUGUGCAUCCCUUGACCGUCAACCAGAUGAAGGAUGCUAUCAGGCUGACUCUGGGAAGUCCUAUAGCACGCGAUCUACGAACCAGUCUCCAAUAUCUCUGUGGAUACUUCCUCGAUAUUGAUGUGCAGUCGCGGGUACAGCUAGUUCACGAAACAGCCCGCACUUUUCUCACUCAUCCGGAUCUGAACUCAGACUUUCGAAUUGACUAUGCCGAAGGACACAGUCUUAUUGCAUCGGCUUGCCUCAAUCAUCUGAUGAGCGAUGAAUUGAGUUAUUCAAGGAGACGGCGUAGCUCCACUACGAGCGGGCACAGCAAGACUUCAAUGACUGACUACGUAUGUUUACGGUUCAGCGAACACAUUCUUCGAGCAUCCUCCCAGUCCAACGAACUGUUCAACACGUUAGACAAGUUCUUCAGAACAAACGUGCUUUCCUGGAUCGAGCACGUGGCCCAUCUCAAAGAUUUGGACUGUCUUAAUCGAACUUCAAGACACCUGUCGAACUACCUCAACCGCAGGAUGGAGCAUGUUCCGUUAUUGCAAAGCGAUCUCCAUGCCUGGGCCGUCGACUUACCUAGGUUGGUAACACAGUUCGGCGUCAAUCUUCUGAGCGAUCCCGCUGCCAUCCACACACUCGUGCCGCCGUUUUGUCCUCGAGACUCUGCUGUAUACCGGCACUUCGGAUAUGCUGAGGAUGGCAUCAAGCUAGUAGGCGCGUGGAACGCAGGUUGGGGGGAUAGGAUAUGCUCCAUCUCAUAUCAUGACACCUACGCGACAGUGGCUGCUUCUCGAGACGAACGAUUCGCUGUUGGGUUGGCUGACGGCUUGGUCAAUGUCUAUCGAACCUCCACGUGCGAACACCUCCUGAGUAUGAGACAUGAAGAAUCAGUAUCAGUUCUGGAGUUUGGUUCCACAUCCAAAGUCAUCGCCUCAGCUGGUUUGCGGUUUCUAAGACUAUGGGAUGCGGCGACUGGCGUUCAACUCUUCCACAUCGCUACCGAUUCGCAAACCCUAGCUUUGACUUUCGACGAGACAGAAACGUCGGUUACAAUAGCGACCAGAGACAAGCAUGUUCUGACUUACAGAAUUUCCGAUGGCUCACCGCUACACCAGGUCCCCUGGAUUGACGCUUUCUCUGAAGACACAGACUCAGGCUUUGCACCAUCUCCAUCUGCGGCCAGGCUAUCUACAGAACAACAAACACUUGCGAUAGUCUAUCGAAGCAAGCCGGUACAGCUGUGGUCUCUGGACAAGCAGCACCGUAUCGGGGCUUGCUUGAGACCGGCAACGCACAAGAAUGACAAGGGAGGCCACACCGUCAACUGUCUAGUCUUCAAUACCAGCUCUGCAAACCCACGACUUCUGGUGUCAUAUUGGGACGAUAUCCUGGUCAAGUUCGAUAGUAGGACUUGCAAGCCGCUCCUCACAACUGCGACAUGCGUUACGAAGAUAGCUAUGUCUUGUAAUGAAAAGACCUUUGCCGGAAGCGACGGCAAUGGCGGGAUCAAGAUUUUCGAUUUCGAGACGCUCCAACCUCUUCACAACAUACAUAUACAAGGAGAUCCGGUAUCGUCGCUCGCCUUCACUAGCGACAGCCUGCGCAUCGUGGAUUCGCGGGGUACGCAAGCCAAUGUCUGGGAGCCACUCGUCCUCUUCGGGCAAGACACUGAAGCUCUCUCCAGCGAGCCUAGCGAAUCUGUGCACCAAAUAGUAGACGACAUUGUUGAAUCUGUUGUCAACGAGUCUGCUAUUAUAACCACGCUGCACUGUUGCGAUCAAAGUGGUAUGGCUUUCUGCGGGCGCAACGACGGACGUGUCGAUACCUGCAACCUCGACGACCCCGAAGACACCAUGCGCAAGCUAUACAAGCAUGGAGGUUCCUUCAUUAGUAUUACAUGCAUGGACUGGAGUCCCAGAGCGCGAGUGAUAGCGAGUGCAGACUCAGCAGGAAAGUUUUGCAUCAUGAAAAUCACGACUGGCACGCGGAGGGAAUGGAGUGCUGAGAUGAUGAUCCAGUCGAGGUUAGGCCAAGGCUGCAUCAUACGCCAGAUCCUCGUCCACCCUGAGGGCUCGUUCGUACUUGUUUCCUCAUCAGAGGCGGACUCUAUAUGGUCAUUAUCGACCAAGAAGCAAGUAGCGUCGCUUGACAGGCGCGAGCGCAUAUCUUGGAAAUGGUUUGUUCGGCCAUCCGCUCCGUCACAACUGCUUCUCUUCGAGGAUAAGAUCCUGCGGCUUUUCAGAUGGGAGGACCUUCACCAGAUCGCUGCCUCUGAGAACCCCGUGGUGCCGAUCGAGAUGGAGAGGCGCAUGUCCGGGGAACAAGCCGACGCGGAUGCCAUUUCUGUCUCAAGCGAAGGCGAUGACCUGGUCAUUCUGCAGCGAUCGCAAACCGUGCAGCAGAGUGUACCGGGCCUGCGACCUCAGUCCAAUGACGCUAUGAUGACCAAGAUACGCGUCUUUGAUCUGACUACUCUGGAUCCCGAGUCGACUGAUAUCGGAGGCUCGUCGUCGCCUGACAUGUCAAUUGACAACGCGGCACAGUCUCUUGUCUUCUUGAACCCCAAGCCAUCUUCAACCCUAGGUAUUUCUCCAUCGCCAACGGCUACGCCCAAUGCCCCAUUCACAUAUCCUUUCGGAGGCGGUCGUAGCAAAUCCUAUACUCGCUGGUCUUCCAUUAGAGAUGUAGCCGAUAUACCCGAUGUGGAGAGAAUCAUUGGUACUGUGAAAAAGUUCGAUUGGUGGCAUCUUAUUUUCCUUUCCAAGACGGGGUGGGUCUGCUCGGUUCAGAUCGGGGAAGGCGGUCGCAAAGUCCUCGACCAAUUCCAGAAGCACUUUUUCGUUCCAUCGGUUUGGCGCACAGGCAACUCGCCUCUUAUCGCCAAGGUACGGCGUAGCCACGAUAUCGUGAUUGUGCAUCAGGAUGGCGUUAUUGUGGUCAAGAAUGGGCUGGACAACGGAGAGCAUGUGUCCUUCUCUUUGAGUACCCUAUAA